ACACGGGAAUGUAUUUAAGUAGAAUAUUGAAAUUUUCAGGGAAAUCUACUGAACGAAUAAAAAAUAAUGAUAUUGUGUUGCUGCAAGACGAUAAGAAUAAUUCAACAGAUAACGCUAAAGUUAAUAAAGAUUUUUUAAGUUCUUCGGUUUUACCUGAUAUAGACGAAAAUGAGGAAAAAGAAUGCGAUGAUUCUUUGCACUGUAUGAAUUUAAUGAAAACUAAGUUACCGAUAAAUCAAGAAAUUAAUAUUGAAAAUAAAUUCGCAAUGCUAGAAAGUAUAAUCAAUUCUACAAGUAAUUUGAAUUUCGAUAGUAGUGAGGAAAAAACUACGGAUUUUUUUAAUAUUUCGAAUAAAGAAAACAACGUAAAAAAGAAAGAAACGUUUUAUAAAGGAUUAAACUUAUUACAGAAGGAGGAUACUAAGGAAAUCUUUUUAAGCAGUGAUAAUUCUAUUGAUAUUGAUCAAUCUACGAAGAACAAAUCUAAAUUCACCAGUAAAAUAACUAUUAAUUUGCAAAAAUCUUGCAAGAAACAACGUCAAUCUAUCACAGUGUUUCGAAUAAAAUUACACAAUAAACGUACACCUAAAUUAUCUAUGAAGACGAAUAAUAAAUCGAUUAGAACUGUUACCCCUCGUAAUAAUGUAGUAUUAGCAAAAGAACAAAUUAAAUAUGCGAAUAUUUCUCCUACGAGCGUAACUAGCAGACAGAAAACAACGAAAGGUCCGAAAAUUCAACAAAAUCGAGUGUUUUUGUUUUCGUCAGCAAAGGUAUUUAAAUCGCGUGAAAUUAAUAAAAAUAAACAGAUGUUGAUACCACAAUUAACAUUCACACCUGCCAGUCCUGAGAAUAGAGAUUAGUCAUGGAUCAAUCUUUGGUAGGAAAUACUUUUUCAUCGUAUUUUGUAUUAUCAAGAAAUAGCUUGUAAAUAUUUAUAAAUUAUAUAUAUAUAUAUUUCUUAUCUUCUCUUUCAAAUAAUUUUUUAAAAAGAAAAAAUAUCUUAAAACAUGUUCAUGCAGAUGGUCCUAUUUUGAAUAGAUAGAAUUGAUUUUAAUUUAAGUAAGAAAUUUGCAAUUUAGUUGCAAGUUAAACUAUAUCAUUGUUUUUAUCACAAAAAAAAAAAACAUAAUUAUCAAA